UCGUAACGCGUAUUUAUGCCUUGUCAGGUUAAAAUGAAAGAGUAUUUAUGCAUCCUAUUAAUUCUGAGUCAUUUAACAUGUAUCUGGAGCAUGCCAAAAUGCUGUACUGGAAGGAAUAUUCUCAACAAAAAAUGUAUAGACGGCGGGCCAACAAAUAUUGUGGAAUGCAACGUGAGGAUACUAUUAGAGAUGAACGAUAGCAAGGUGACCUAUUCGUUAGAUCCAGAUGGCAAUUUGGUGGAAAAUGAUGAAGUACUGGCUGCACCACACUAUUUCUGUUCAACCACCUUGCAAAAAGACAACUCUGAAGUACUUCUUGUCUGUUUGGAUGAAGAAGAUUUGGCAAUUGAGAGCACGGUGAGAUCUAUAGAUGUGGGACUUCAAUUAGUGUCUGUAUUAUUCAUCAUUUUGACGAUAUGGGUAUAUCUUGUUGUUCCUCAAAUGUUGGAUUUGCAGGGUAUUUGUAUAAUACACUCCAUUUCAGGAUUGGCUGUGGCUUUCAUAGCACUUGCAAUUAUCAAUCUCUCAGGAUACCUGUCAGUCAUACCAUGUCAUUUAUUGGCCUUCAUAAUGUAUUUUUGUUUCCAAUAUGCAUUUUUUUGGCAGAACGUUUUAUGCUUCCACAUUUGGAGACAAGUUAUAAACCCACGAAUUACACGCUCUGUAAAAAGUUGGAGUAUAUUCUAUCAUUCAUAUGGAAUUGGAGGGCCCCUUUUCUUCCUGGUGUUCCUAAUAGUAGUGAAUCACUCAAACUUCACAUUUUUUAAGGAUAUACACCCUAAAAUAGCUGAAACAAAAUGCUGGUUCGAAUAUGAAGUUGAAGUUCUAGAUCAUUUUCAGUCUCAAGACGACGACUUUAACAUGGAAGACCGUCCUUGCACUCCUACGGAAUCCAAAUCUACAAAAAAGAAUCUAGGCGAUGGUGUUCCAGCCACUUGA